UGGCUGUUUACUCAUUCAAUAGCCUGUCUGUUGGCUCGACUCAUUUUGCUUUGAAUGCUCCAACGUGUCUGUCGUGUGUAUCGCCGCCGCCGCUUCGCUUCGAUUUGUUUUAAUUCUGUGUUGGGCGCAUCACUGCGAAAAAUGUGUUUUUCAAUUGAAUGCUAAGUUUUUUUGCUGCAAUUUCAGUUGUUUAAUUCGUUUUGUGUUAGCAAAAAGUGAAUUGAAGUACGAAGAGGAAAAUAAAUUUAAAACGAAUUACAAAAAAAAAAAAAAAAAAAUAAACAUAAUAAAUCUACGCCCUACAUUUUGUAACGCUGUCGUCUCCUAUUGGGUUUUCCUAUCAACAAAAACGGAAUUCUUACAAGAAUAGAAGAAUAAUUGGAAUUUAGAAUCAUCUGUCAAUUACGUGAUUUUACGGGUGGAGCCGCUAUUCGGGAUAUAGGCAAUCUGCCUGCAUACGAUUUCGUGUGUGUAUGCGUGUUCGUAUAUAUAUUUGGAUUUAGAAAUGAUCUGAAAACGCAAAUUGCAGAUAAAAAGCAUAGACUAAUAACAAAGAAAUUUCAAAAUAUUGUAUUUGCGUUUUAGAACAAAACGAAAACGCCAACAAUAGUCCAUUUCACGCUUUAAAACGUCUGAUAACAAGAAGCAACAACUGCAACUGAGAGUUAUAUUUAUUGCAUCAAUUCGCUUGUAAUCGCAACAACAUCUACAACAGCAGCAUCCACAAACAUGGAUAUCAAAUUUGUCAAUGUGCUCAUUUUGGGCUUUGGCUUUAUGUUCGUCUUUACAUCGUUCCAAACGAUGGGGAAUAUUGAGAAAACCCUAUUAGUUAGCAUUCACGAUGACGAUCCCAGCUUCAAUGGAGACGGUUAUACCAGUUUGGCUGUUAUUUAUGCCACAUUUGCUCUCUUCAAUUGGCUUGCCCCAUCCUUUAUUGCAUUUACUGGACCACGUACCGCCAUGGUAGUGGGAGCUUGUACUUAUACAUUCUUUGUGGUCACCUUUCUGUUUCCUAGCACAUGGCUGUUAUAUGUGGCCAGUGCCCUCUUGGGUGUGGGUGCUGCCAUCACAUGGACCGGCCAGGGAAGUUUCUUGGCUCGAUGCAGUGACUCGGGCAACAUAUCCAGGAAUUCUGGCAUUUUUUGGGCUUUGCUACAGUGCAGUAUGUUCUUUGGCAAUCUCUUUGUGUACUACGAAUUUCAAAAUAAGGAUCAAAUUGACUAUCAGACCCGUUCGCUGGUUAUUGGUGUUCUAACUGGAGUGGCUGUGUUGGGUGUAAUCUUCUUGGCAACAUUGCGUUAUGUGCCGGACAAUUCAACCGUGGAUACGGAAUUACGUCAACCCCAGACGCCAUGGGAUAGUGCUCGAGUGGCUUUCCGUUCGGCAGGACAAUUGUUUAUGACCCGAGAUAUGUUGCUGCUCAGUAUGGCUUUCUUGUAUACCGGUUUCGAGCUUUCCUUCUUCAGUGGCGUCUAUGGCCCCUCGAUUGGUUUUACAAUGAAAAUCUCCGAUACUCCCAAAGAAAUCAUGGGCUUGGCUGGCAUUUGCAUUGGUGUUGGCGAAGUCUUUGGAGGCAGUCUCUUUGGCAUUUUGGCUUCGAAGACAACACGUUUUGGCCGUGAUCCCAUUGUCAUUGCUGGCUAUUUAAUCCAUAUGGUGGCCUUCAUUUUAAUCUUCUUCAACUUGCCCGAUAAUGCCCCCUUCAAUGAUACCGAUAGUAUUUCGUUCUUCAAUCCUCCUCGUACAUGGAUCGCCUUAUUGUGCGCCUUCCUAUUAGGUUUGGGAGAUGCCUGCUUCAAUACUCAGAUCUAUUCGAUGUUGGGUGGGGUGUUCGUAAAGAACUCGGUUGGAGCAUUUGCUUUGUUUAAAUUUACACAGUCUGUUGCUGCUGCCAUUAGUUUCUUUUAUUCCUCGCAUUUGGGAUUAAGAGCCCAGCUGGGCAUCCUCGUUGUAUUCGGCACCAUUGGAGCCGCAUGUUUCUGUAUUGUGGAAUGGUCUGCUAAACGAAGAGCCCGUGAAGAAUCGAGAGAUGUUUCCGAAAUCUCAGCAUCGAUAUCAUCUUUGGAUAAAUAAGAGUACGAGAUGAUUAUGAGGAUGGCAAAUUUACCACUGAAGCAGUAAAAUCAUUCCAAUCGUUUUUCUUUUUCUAUUUUCCACAAAUGAAAUUUCAUUUUCAUAAUUUUCCAUAAUUUGUUGUGUGCAAUAAGUGAAAUGUGCGUGUAUUAUUAUUUUCAGUUUUUUUUACACUGUAUUAAAAUAUUAGAAAAAAUAUUUGUGUUUUAGGAGAAAUGAAUUGCAAAGCUAGUUGUAAGAAGGAAAGAAAUUAAAAAAAACUGAAAUUGUUAUUGUUAGAAUUUUAUAUACCUAAUAUUACUUAGAUGUUUAAGCUAAUAGAAAUGUUCCUCUUUGGUCAGAACAUUUUCUGUACUAUGUUCUUUUUUAAUUAUUAUCAUUUUUUUUUUGGUUUUGUAAGUAACGAGUUGAAAGAUUAUAAAGUAUUUAGUAUUUCUUUUUUAAUUAUUUGUCGCCACAGUCUUCCGAGACAAUAAUUAAAUGUAAUGUCAAUAAACUGAAUUAUAAGAAAAAUAAAAACAAACUACACAAAUCAAUUGUAAUCAAAAUGAAAAACAAAGAAACUCACAAAAUUAAAAGGAUGAUCACUUGAAGAUAGCUAUUUGUAAAGCAACCUACAUAUAUAAGUAAGUUUUUAAGAAUUGGAAAUAGUUAAAAAAAAUAAAAUGACAACACUGACCCAUAUCUAUCAAAAAGCUUGGAAAUGUUUUCAGAAUAUUGAGAUUUUUAUUAUAUAUUUCGAAAUGCUAACUAAAGGUGAGAAUACCUAAAAAGUUUUUUUGAUUGGCUUAAGGCAUGGGCUGGUUUCUUGGGAUUAGAACAAAGGAGCGUAGGGCCAAACUCGAACUAAGUCAACCUAAAACUCAUUUAUUCCUCUACGAAGAAGCCAAGCGAUGACUUAAGCCAGUCAAAAGCGUUUUAUGUAUUCUCACCUUAAGGCAACCUAAAUUCAUUCUGAAAGUACUAUAACAACGAAUCAACUGCUAAAGAAACAUUAUUUUGUUAAACCUAUUUAUACUUCUGCUGCAAAUUUUUGGUUUUCACAACUCUAACGGUUAUUGUGGUCUGAGAUUAUAAGUCCCGAUAUUUGGUAUUUUCGUCGAUUUUCAACACAAACUAAUGAAAAUAUACCUAUUCAUGUAUUCACUUCCAUAUAAAACCUUAAAACAUGCAUAUUUAUUUAUUUUCAUCUGUUCUAUAAAGUCUUGGAAUAAACACCUAGUGUUUUAUCUUUAAUUCUUUAUGCACCAUUUUCCAGCUAUGAAAAUGGAAUAUUGAAUCCUUAUGAACUAUAUUAUUUACGAAUUGUUACCUCAUUUUCAAAAUAUGGAAAGUUUAAUAAAUUUAAUUUUUAAAAAAAAUGUCUGUAGUUACCUUCCUAUUUUUACCAUUUUUUUUUUCUUAUGUUAAAGUGACUUAAUAGUCUUUAAAAAUCUCAAUAUUUUUAAAACAUUAAAAGUAAAAAUGCAGAUAUCGGUCUUUAUUACAUACGUACAUAAAUUUUAUACAUAUUUAUUCAUUGUAUACAAUAUUGUUAUUAACUAAAAUCCUUCACUUUUAUUUGGAUAAGAGAAAAAUAAUGAAGAAUAUAUUAAGUCUGUGAUCCGUUCACUCCAUAAGUUGAAGAUCCCAAACCUCUCCGAAAACAAAAGUAAUUAUGAAAUCAUUGCUCAAAAUACAUACAUAUAUUUAAAUAACUAAUUACUCUAAAACUACCAUUCAGUGAGACCGAUUUUUAUGACUUGUUUUAUAUCCGAUUGGAAGAAUCUAUAUUCUCCUAAGUUAAUAGAUCACUAUCUGAAGUUCUUUCGUAGUUUGAGGACGAUCUACAGGUUUCCCAAAGAUUGACACAGUUCGUAUAUAGUUAUAUGAAAAAAAAACUUAUAAAAAAAUCUUCAAUUAAAGGAAAAAGACCAGACCACCAACAAAAAUCCGUGACUUUGAAACCCAAAAUUUUGAUAUAAACAAGUAAAAAAAAUAUAUUUAAUACCCUCCACCGUAGGGUAAAGGAAACAUUUUUAUAUAAAAGUAUCUAAAGUCAUGCGGGUUUCACUUUAAACUUCGUAUACCUGUAAGACCGUUUUUUCAUAAUGCAGUUAAAUUUAUCAAAAAAUCAUACAUUGAGUAAAGCUGUUAUAUGGGGCCAUACCAAAACGGGAAUCUCUAGAGGCAAUACUUCAAGGAUUGUUAUCUAUCAAAAUUUUUAAAAUACCAAAUUUGAAACAAUUAUGUGUUUAAAUGUGACUAGGAUUAUUAAAAUACCGAAUAUCGGUGGGUAUAAUUAUAUGUGCGCUUUAGGAAAACAUGGAACUAAAUAUUCCAUGUUUUACCACCGGGCUAGAACCCAUUAUGAACUGCAAAUACCAAUUUUGAUCAAAAUACAGAAUAUCGGGAUGUACCGUUAUAUGGGGCUAUACAACAACGUGGACCUAUACAUACAUUGUUUCGCUACCGGAGCUAGAACCCAUUAUGACCCACAAAUAACAUUUUUAAGACAAAUCUGUGGAAAAAUGUUUCUAAAAUCAUCAAAAUACUGAAUAUAGGGAGGUACCGCUAUAUGGGGGCUAUACCAAAACGGAAAG